UGUAUUUACUCCAGUUAAAAUUGAGUGAGCAAAGAAUUCACUUGAAAUUCGAAUAAGUUGCAAGAAAAAAAACUUUGUUGAGUAAAUUACCUGCACUCCUGCAUUCAUAGCAUCUUCAAGUUUAUUUUGAGGUGAUAAAAGCUUUCGUUCGAAUAAAAAUUGCCACAAAGACCAUAUCAUUAAGAUGGCAUUAAGAUGGGGCUUCGCAUCGUCUAGCAGAAUUGCACACGAUUUUAUCAAUGCUAUCGGGACGCUCAAUGACGGUGAACAUGAAAUCGUUGCCGUUGCGGAUCCAAUAAUUAAAUUCGCUGAAGACCUUGCAAAGCAAUUCGACGUUCCGAAGUUUUGCGACAACUUUUUGGAAUUGGCUCAAGAUUCCAAUGUUGAAAUCGUCCACGUCGGUGCAUUGAACACCAAACAUUUCGAAAUAGCAAAACUAAUGCUGGAACAUGGAAAGCACGUCUUAGUGGAGAAGCCGAUGUGUAUGAAUGCAAAGCAAGUGCAAAAGUUAAUUUCAUUGGCAAAGCAAAAGAAUGUCUUUUUGAUGGAGGGUGUAUGGGCACGCUUCCUUCCAAACUAUCAUUAUGUUCGACAACAGCUUAAAAAUGGAAUUAUUGGUGAUAUUCAGUCAAUUGAAAUUGAAUUUGGGAAUAGUGCUAUGGCUGGAUACGACCGCAUAGUGAAAAAGCAUUUGGGAGGUGGUAUCACAUUGGAUGUCGGUGUGUAUACGAUACAUUUUUGUCAAAUGAUCUUAAAGGAUGAGCCGAAGUCAAUCCAAGCAACUGGAAUCGUAAACGAUGAUGGUGUAGACGUUGAAGUGAACGGGGAAUUUAUCUAUUCAGGAAAUAGAAAAGCAAAAAUUAGACUGAGCGCGAUUAAUACAUACGAAAAUUCGGCAAUUAUCCGUGGCACUAAGGGCACACUGACGGUUCCAAACUUUAUCAUUCCGAACUCGGUUAUCGGACCGGAUGGGAAAGAAAUAACUUUUCCAGAAUUUCCAGCAGGCAAAUUUCCAUAUCAUUAUGACGCUAGUCGUGGCCUAAGAUUUGAACCCGAUGAAAUCCGAAAAUACAUUCGGGCCGGAAAAACAGAAUGCGAUAUCGUCAGCCUCAAUGACAGUCUAAUUGUUGCUCGUAUCGAAGACGAAAUUCGACGACAGCUCGGUGUUAGAUAUCCAGCUGACGAUGAAUAAGAUUAAAAAAGGGCGACGUUAUGUCUCCACCAGCAUUUCCGUUUUUAUACGGUUAAAAACCAAUUGAAGCGAAUGGCGUGUAAUAUAGAAAAUACAAAAUUUUUCGUAUGGAUUUCAAGAGGG